AUGGGGAAGAAGCGCGUUCUGGUUGGCUACGGUGUGGACAUCGACGCCGUCGCCGGCUGGCUCGGGUCCUACGGGGGUGAAGACAGUGUCAGCGAUAUCAGCCGUGGGCUCUGGGCUGGGCAUGUCGGGACGACCCGGCUCCUGAAGCUGUUCGAGAAAUACAACAUCAAAGCUUCGUGGUUCAUCCCGGGCCAUUCGCUGGAGACGUUCCCGGAAGAGUGCGCACAGGUGCGGGACGCCGGGCACGAAAUCGGACUGCAUGGAUACUCGCACGAGAACCCGGCGAGCAUGACAAAAGAGCAGCAGCGGGACAUCCUCGACAAGACGUACAAGAUGCUGACCGAUGCGGAGAUGGUGGAGCUUCUGCUGGCCUACGGCAUUGAAUACGACCACUCCAUGUCGCAUGAGGACUGCCAGAUGUACUGGCUGCGGACAGGCGAUUCCUGGACGAAAAUUGAUUACAGCCAGAAGGCGGAGACGUGGAUGAAGCCGCUGGUGCGUGGGGAGACCACGGGCUUGGUAGAGAUCCCGGGUAGUUGGUAUAUCGACGAUCUGCCACCGAUGAUGUUUAUCAAGAACUCGGCCAAUAGUCACGGGUGGGUGAAUCCGCGGGACGUGGAAGAUAUCUGGAAGGACCAUUUUGAUUACUUCUACCGCGAGUACGACGAGUUUGUUUUCCCCAUGACGAUCCACCCGGAUGUCUCUGGCCGGCCGCAUGUGCUCCUCAUGCAUGAAAGAAUCAUCGAGCAUAUCAACAAGCACGAGGGAGUGGAGUGGGUGACAUUCGAACAGAUGUGCGAUGAGUUCAAGAAGGCCAACCAACCACCUCUCGGAGCGCAGAUGCCCGCGACGCGAGAGAAUGUACCGACUUCAUCCUCAUGA